AUGAAAACCUUCCAACCGAAUAAUUACGUAUCUCCUAAAAACACGUUGGAGGCGACGCCCACGAAUGACCUGGGAGAAAGAAUGGCGUCACUGUCAGGACAAGGCACUCCCAAGCUAACCUCCACCGUCGGCAACCUCUACUAUGACUCCAUCCUGCCGUACCGGGAAGAUUCCCAGGCGCAGACACGGGAGUUCCUGGCGCGCGUGGUCGACGUACUUCUGGACUACGUGCACGCCGUCAAUGAUCGCAACGAGAAGAUAUUGGAGUUCAAGAUGCCGGAGGAGAUGCAGAAGAUGUUAGACCUGGAUUUACACGAGGAGCCGUUGCCUCUGAAACAGCUGCUGGAGGACUGCAAAAUGACGUUGCGGCACCAGGUCAAGACUGGACACCCCCACUUUUUCAACCAGCUCUCCUGUGGACUCGACAUUAUCUCUCUUGCUGGAGAAUGGCUGACCGCUGCUGCCAACACUAACAUGUUCACCUACGAGAUCGCUCCGGUCUUCAUCUUGAUGGAGAAUGUGGUGCUUGGGAAAAUGAGGAACAUGAUCGGAUGGAAGACUGGAGACUCCAUUUUGGCUCCCGGUGGUUCGGUAUCCAACCUGUACGCGUUCUUGGCUGCUCGUCACCACAAGUUUCCGCAGUACAAGGAGAAGGGGCUCAGCUCCAUCAGUGGACAUCUCGUCAUGUUUACUUCUGACCAGUGCCACUACUCGGUGAAGUCGUGCGCUUCGGUGUGCGGCCUCGGCACGGAUUACUGCAUAGCUGUGCCCUCAGACGAGCACGGACGCUUGAUACCCACGGAACUGGAGCGCCUGGUCAAGUACCAUAAGGACAGGGGCAACGUGCCGUUCUUCGUGAACGCUACUUCUGGCACGACGGUGCUGGGCGCUUUCGACCCCCUCAACGAUAUCGCUGACAUUUGCCAGAAGUACGACAUGUGGAUGCACGUUGAUGCUGCAUGGGGCGGUGGUCUACUGUUCUCGAAGAAAUACCGCCACCCUCGUCUUACAGGAAUUGAAAGAGCUGACUCCGUGACCUGGAACCCGCACAAGCUGAUGGGUACCCUGCUGCAGUGCUCCACCGUUCACUUUAAAUACGAGGGUAUCCUCCUGAACUGCAACGCCAUGUCAGCUGAGUAUCUGUUCAUGACGGACAAGAUCUACGACCCCAAGUACGACACUGGCGACAAGGUCAUCCAGUGCGGCAGGCAUAACGACAUCUUCAAGUUGUGGCUCCAGUGGCGUGGCAAGGGAACCUCCGGCUUCGAGCGCCUGAUGGACCGUCUCAUGGAGCUCUCCGAGUACAUGGUGCGACGCAUCAAGGAGCAGCCUGAUAAGUUCUACCUCAUCCUGGAGCCCGAGAUGGUCAACGUUUCCUUCUGGUACCUGCCAAGACAGCUGAGGGGCAUGCCGCAUGAUGCCAACAAGGAAAUCAAACUUGGCAAGGUUUGCGCCAAGCUCAAGGGUAAAAUGAUGCAAUCUGGCACCCUCAUGGUGGGCUACCAGCCUGAUGACCGCCGCCCCAACUUCUUCCGAAACAUUAUCUCGUCAGCAGCUGUCACCGAGAAAGACGUGGACUUCCUUCUGUCGGAGAUGGACCGCCUCGGACACGAUAUCGUGAUCGAAUAA